CAUCCCAAAUUCCGACAGUCUGAACAUAAUGAUCAAUUCAUCACUUUCAGCCUAAUUAAGAUCUUGCUCAAUGCUCACACACGCACUCGGAGUUGCGGUGGUUGAUUGUUUUGUUCUUGAGUUGAGGCCACCGAAUGCGACAUGAGUACUAGUUCCAAACACGGCCUUAGCCCUUAGCAGAAGAAUAGCGUGGAAAGCGCGUCGCGUGACUCGAGGGGCCGGGCGGAGAACGCGGAUGCGGAUUGCAACUCAAGAAGAAGAAGAACCCUCCUUCUUCCAUUCUACACUUGGCGUCCUCUUUCUUCCCCUGCAACUUUCUCUGCUUCAUCCUUUCCUUUCCUCAUUCUAUAUUCGUUCAGUUGCCGCGCUCCAUUCCCCGCCAUGGCCGGCAAAGAAAUCCUCCACAAGAUGAAGGGUUUCGUACGAGGCGAAAGCCGAUCAGUAGGAUGUGGAGGGACUGAUUUGAUCCAUGUGGGGAAAGUGAAAUAGAGAAAGGAAAUGAAUUCUGACAUGGAGAACUAGCAAAUUACCUACAAUUUACUAUCAAUUCUGCAAAAAGAAGAAAAUCUGCAUGGUGUUUUGACUUUGGACCUGUGCUACGAACUUUUUAUAACAAAUUGUAUCUUAAACAAUUCAUAUACACGCCAAAUGUGGGCAGCCGGCAUACAGGAGAAAGUGGGUUUUGGUUCAUCUGCAUCUGAUACUGGAAAAGGGAAAAGUAAAAUGUCGAAGCACAUAACACAUGGCUAUCACUUGGUUAAGGGAAAAUCAGGCCAUGAAAUGGAAGAUUUUGUUGUUGCAGAAUUCAAGAAAGUUGAUGACAAUGAACUUGGUCUGUUUGCAAUAUUUGAUGGUCAUUUGAGCCAUGUCAUUCCUAAUUAUCUACGGUCUCAUUUGUUUGACAAUAUUUUAAAAGAGCCUGAUUUCUGGACUGAAAUGGAGAAAGCGAUCAGGAGAGCUUAUCGUAUUACUGAUACUACUAUUUUGGAGAAAGCAGUGGAUUUGGGUAAAGGGGGUUCAACUGCAGUUACAGCAAUAUUAAUUAAUGGUCAGAAGCUUGUAGUAGCUAAUGUCGGGGAUUCUCGAGCUGUUAUCUGCAAAAAUGGUGUGGCCAAACAAUUAUCGGUUGAUCAUGAGCCUAGUAAGGAAAGAAAGAACAUUGAGAAUAGAGGUGGCUUUGUAUCAAAUUUUCCAGGUGAUGUCCCACGUGUUGAUGGACAAUUGGCUGUAGCAAGAGCAUUUGGUGAUAAAAGCUUGAAAGAGCACCUCAGUUCAGAGCCAGAUGUGUCCAUGGAGACUGUAGAUGAUGAUGCAGAGUUUGUUAUCUUGGCAAGUGAUGGCAUAUGGAAGGUAAUGUCGAAUCAAGAGGCAGUGGACUGUAUCAAGCACAUAAAGGAUGCUAAAUCAGCUGCGAAGCACUUGACUGAAGCGGCAGUUGAAAGGAAGAGCAAAGAUGACAUUUCCUGUAUAAUUUUACGGCUCCAGUGAUCCUUCCUCUGCUUUCUUGUUUCUUUAAUGUUAAGAAGGAAGAAUUGUUUGGUUACCUGGGUUCCUGGGCUUUGUUUGAUUGCCAGAGUUUUAGAAUGGGACCAUCUGCGGAUGUUGUGUUCUCGUACGUUUAAGAGUUUAAUGUUUGUCUGAUCAGCAUAGUAACUGUAUAUAUUGGUUUGAAUAUGUGAAUUGUGAAUAUGUGGGGCUUUAGAAUCAAGCCUGCUGUUGAUGUGCGAUUGUAUGACCUGACAAUGGUGAGGUUUUCAAGUUAUUUCUGGUCUGUGCAAUAAAUCUCUUAGUUGUAUCUGA